UGCAAGGCGCGCUCUCUCUGCAUUAUGUCUAUAUGUUGCAUUAUCAUAUCACAGCUGUCCGGCCAGUUAUCGUCAAUGCAACGGUUUCCAAUGCAUGCAAGUCAUAGACACAGUACCCACACGGUAACACCGCAGUGCAGUGCAGUGUAUGUAGCAAACAACAGUAAGCUAAAGAUGGCGAAGGAGCAGACGACUCCGCAGUGAGUCACGUCCCGAAUUUCCCCCUUUUUAAACUCCAGGAGAACUCUUUCCCAAACUGACGUAUUGGCCGACUUUCUCUCCAUUCCUGGGCGAACUGUGACUGCCACCAUGACAACGACGAGUGCGAAAUCCAGCUCAGAAUUCAUGGUCGGUGGAAAGUACAAACUAGUGAGGAAAAUCGGCAGCGGGUCGUUCGGUGAUAUUUAUUUGGGCAUCAACAUAACAAACGGGGAGGAGGUUGCAGUGAAACUUGAAGCAGUGAAAGCAAGGCAUCCACAACUUCUGUAUGAAAGCAAACUGUAUAAAAUUCUUCAGGGAGGCACCGGUAUACCACACACAAGAUGGUUUGGCACAGAAAAAGACUACAAUGUCCUGGUCAUGGACCUGCUGGGUCCCAGUUUGGAAGACCUUUUCAACUUCUGCAGUCGCAGGUUCACCAUGAAGACGGUCCUAAUGUUAGCUGACCAGAUGAUCAGCCGUAUUGAGUAUGUCCACGGAAAGAAUUUCAUCCACCGAGACAUCAAGCCCGAUAACUUCCUCAUGGGCAUUGGGAGACACUGCAAUCAGUUAUUUGUGAUAGACUUUGGGCUGGCCAAGAAGUACCGGGACGGACGGACGAAGGUUCACAUCCAGUACAGGGAAGACAAGAACCUAACAGGCACAGCAAGAUACGCCAGUAUUAAUGCACAUCUGGGUAUUGAGCAGAGUCGACGGGAUGACAUGGAGUCUCUGGGCUACGUGCUGAUGUACUUCAACAGGACCAGUCUACCAUGGCAGGGUCUGAAAGCUGCCACCAAGAAACAGAAGUACGAGAAGAUCAGCGAGAAGAAAAUGUCCACGCCUGUGGAGGUGCUGUGUAAGGGCUUUCCGGCAGAGUUUGCCAUGUACCUCAACUAUGCACGUGGGUUGCGCUUUGACGAGGGGCCAGACUACAUGUACCUACGGCAGCUUUUCCGCAUCCUGUUCCGCACCUUAAACCACCAGUACGAUUACACCUUUGACUGGACCAUGCUGAAGCAGAAGUCGACGACGUCACAGGUCGCCGCUCAGGGGAACGCCGGCACUGCCGGCGGCACCAAGCACACAGAGAGCAAAAGCAAGAGCAAGCGUUGAAACCCCCCCCCACCAUCCACCCCCUGUUUGCCGCGGGCACAAAGUUGUGCGACGCAAAACAGGACAAAGAAAUAUGGUCAGUCCUGAGAAAGGGGAGUCUGGCCUAAACCUCAAAUGCCACCUCUCUUUAAGUUUGGAAAGUUCCAUCAGAUUGUGUGUGUGCGUUUGUGCACACAGUGUCCCUACUCCAGUAUACUUCUUUCCCGUCCGUGUGUUGGCUAGGACUGUUUUGUUAUGAUGCCCUCCGGAUGUAUCAUGUUUUGUAUAAUUUUGUUAUCACUAAGUAACUAAUCAAAGAGUUAUGGUUUGUUUUUUGUUUGGUCUCAGAUUGCACAGGGUAGAACAGCCAGACAGGUUUUUGAUGAGUUUUGUCAAAAAGAGCACCCAAGAGCGCACAGGUUAUGAUUUCGAGUCAGAAAUGCUGUUCUGUGUUUUGGCAUUGCCUAAUAAAUUUGAAAAGUGUUAAUAUAUACAAAGACACUGUAAAUGUGAGUUACUGUUAAAUUAUUUUUCCAUUUCUAGGCUUGCAUCAAGCUGAUGCCAGCCAGCUGAUGCAAGCAGCGGAUGGCAAUUGUACUUCAACAAUACACUGCUUGUGUUUUACUUCAACACGACCUCAGGAGAAAUGCUCCUCAUGUGUCAUUAUAUGAGUCCACUUCAAACCAUAAGCAAAAUAUUCCUCGGCAGAAUGCACUGGAAGUCUGUGGCUGAAUUACCCUAUGUACCGACAGUCAUUCUAGGUUCAAUUGUGCAUGGAAGCUGUUACGAGUAGUACACAUUUACCCUGUUUUAUAGGAUGCUCUCAAAAAGUUAGGAACAUUGGUAGUUGUCGGACUAUUCCAACUAGAACCCUGGCAUUCCAAUGGGGAUGUUUGCGUAUCAGAGGGAAUGGUCCGCUUUGUGCAUAGACCGUUCUGAAGGAACACUCCCCUACUGCAAUUGUUUUGUUCACAUUAAUCAAAACCUUUGAUAUCUGAGCAUGUCCUUGAUGAGGCCGUUGCCCUGGUAACAAUAUUUGAUACUGAUAUGCAGUGUACCAAGUCUGCUGAAUAUGCACUUUAGGUAUCACUUAACCACUUCCUGCCGGGCGACCCGUUUUCGAGUACAUAGGCUUUAUGUGCAGAGCCUGGGAGCCUGGAACUGG